AUGGAAACAAACCAGACGGCGAAGAUUGUGAGAGAUCUGAGGAGUGGUGUCUUAGAUAUCCUUCUAGAACUCUUCGUGGGCUGGUUUAAGGGCGAAAGUAGGAAGGAGGUGUAUGUUGGUGGGUGUUGGAAUAGUCGUUGUGGGAAUGGUGGUUGUGGGGAUGGUGGUGUGGCGAUGGUGGUUGUGGAUGUGGCGAUGGUGGAUGUUGGGAUGGUGGUUGUGAAUGGUGGUUGUGGGGAUGGUGGGUGUUGGGAUAGUCGUUAUGGGAAUGGUGGUUGUGGGGAUGGUGGUGUGGCGAUGGUGGUUGUGGAUGUGGCGAUGGUGGAUGUUGGGAUGGUGGUUGUGAAUGGUGGUUGUGGGGAUGGUGGGUGUUGGGAUAGUCGUUAUGGGAAUGGUGGUUGUGGGGAUGGUGGUGUGGCGAUGGUGGUUGUGGAUGUGGCGAUGGUGGAUGUUGGGAUGGUGGUUGUGAAUGGUGGUUGUGGGGAUGGUGGGUGUUGGGAUAGUCGUUAUGGGAAUGGUGGUAGUUGGGAUGGUGGUGUGGCGAUGGUGGCGUGGCGAUGGUGA